GGUCAAGCCUUGGUGGACCUAUUGAACUACGCCAAGGAGAACGAGUUCGCCAUCCCCGGCGUCAACGUGGUCAGCAGUUCCUCCGUGAACGCCUGCAUGGAGGCCGCCAAGAAGGCCGGUGGCCCGGUGAUGGUCACCUUCAGCCGUGGUGGCGGGCAGUUCCUGGCUGGCAAGGCGGCGGACAACACGGACGAUGCCGCCUGCAUCGCAGGCACCGUGGCAGGGGCACUGCAUGUGCGCCAGGUGGCCAAGUUGUAUGGCGUGCCAGUGAUCCUGCACACCGACCACUGCCAGAAGUCCUGGUUGCCAUGGUUCGAUGGUUUGAUUGAGGCCAGUGAGGAAUACUUCGAGAAGAACGGUGAGCCCCUCUUCUCCUCCCAUAUGUUGGAUUUGUCCGAGGAAUCCCUGGAGGAUAACAUCGCCAUCUGCAAGAAGUACUUGGAGCGCAUGGCCAAGAUCAACUUGCUGUUGGAGAUGGAAUUGGGUGUCACCGGUGGCGAAGAGGACGGUGUGGACAACACGGACGUGGAUUCCUCGCGUCUCUACACGCAGCCCGAGGAGGUCUGGCAGGUCUACGAGACGCUGUCCGCCGUGCCCAACGGGAACUUCACCGUGGCCGCGGCCUUCGGCAACGUGCACGGCGUCUAUGCACCGGGCAAUGUGAGCCUGAAGCCAGUGAUCCUGCACAACACCCAGAAGUUCAUCAAGGAGAAGUUGGGCUGCGACAGCGACAAGCCCGUCUCCUUCGUCUUCCACGGCGGCAGCGGCUCCAGUUUGGAGGACAUCCGCUACGCCAUCGAAGCGGGCGUGGUGAAGAUGAACAUCGACACCGACACGCAAUGGGCCUUCUGGGAUGGCAUGAAUGACUACCAGAAGAAGAACAAGGACUAUCUGCAAGCCCAGAUUGGAAACCCCGAGGGGCCUGAGAAGCCCAACAAGAAGUACUACGAUCCUCGCAUGUCGCUGCGUUCCGGUGAGGAGAAGAUGGCAGACCGCCUGGUGAAAUGCAUGGAGGAUCUCAAGUGCAUCGACAGGUUGUGAAACAAACUCACGAGAGAGCACAACCAUACCUAACCCUCAGACAACAGAGCUGUCAGGGUUUUGAACCGUAGUUUUGGUAGGGAACACUACCAGAUGAGACUAAGGAAAAUCCAGC